GCCUCUGUAAUUCUGCGUUUUUCUUUGCAUCUUGUUUAGGGUUUUUCAAGCUUUUUGCUUCUGGAAAUACCCAACAUUAGGGUCCCUCAUCUAACUAUUUUAAACUUGUCCAUAAUAAAAUUCCUCGUGUGUUUUGUUACUUACCGUGGUCAAAUCGCUAUCUUUUUGAUGAAUUUCAACAACGUGAAGGUCCCAAAGGUUCCUGGUGGCGGAGUCUCUGCUUUGCUUAAAGUUGGCAUUCUUGGUGGCCUUGCUGUGUAUGGGGCUGCAAACAGCUUGUACAAUGUUGAGGGAGGUCAUCGAGCCAUUGUCUUCAACCGUGUCAUCGGUGUUAAAGACAAGGUCUAUCCUGAAGGGACACAUAUUAUGAUUCCUUGGUUCGAGAGGCCUGUGAUCUAUGACGUUCGUGCACGACCUCAUUUAGUAGAGAGUACAUCAGGGAGCCGUGAUCUCCAGAUGGUGAAAAUUGGACUUAGAGUCCUUACCCGCCCUGUUCCUGACCAAUUACCGACAGUGUAUCGAACCCUUGGCGAAAAUUAUAAUGAGAGGGUCCUGCCUUCUAUUAUACAUGAAACUCUCAAAGCUGUAGUUGCACAGUAUAAUGCCAGUCAGCUCAUUACUCAGAGAGAGGCUGUUAGUAGAGAAAUAAGGAAGAUAUUGACUGAGAGGGCUUCCCAGUUUAACAUUGCUUUGGAUGAUGUGUCAAUCACAAGUUUGACUUUUGGGAGGGAAUUUACAGCUGCAAUUGAAGCCAAGCAGGUUGCUGCUCAAGAAGCUGAGAGGGCUAAAUUUGUUGUUGAAAAAGCUGAACAAGACAAACGAAGUGCUGUUAUUAGAGCUCAGGGUGAAGCCAAGAGUGCCCAGUUGAUUGGUCAAGCUAUUGCCAAUAAUCCUGCAUUUAUCACCUUAAGGAAAAUUGAAGCUGCAAGGGAAAUUGCUCAAACUAUUUCAAAUUCUGCCAACAAGGUUUACUUGAAUUCAGAUGAUCUCUUACUGAAUCUUCAGCAGUUAAAUUUGGAGCCCAGUGGGAAGAGAUAGUUGCCAGGCUGAGUUCAGUUAAUUACUGCAACCUCCUUUUCCUUGUACCAUUAUUCAUUUUCACCUGCAUGAGCGUUAUAUCAACUGUUCAAAUAUGAGAUUCAGCCUGAAAUGUUGACAAACUGAUGGUCAUUAUCAUUUAAUGGAGCAUGAGAUAAGGGAGGUACAAUCAUGUUUUAUUCGUUUUCACUUUCAGUGAUUCUGAUCUUGAAUGGUCGGAUGUCAAGGAUUUGAUACUGAUUUAUUGUGGCACAGUGAUUCUGCUUUUAUUUUUAUUUGUUGACUCUACCAUAAGUUUCAUACUUGUCAUCAUUGUGAUGCUAUCUACGCUGUUGAAAUAAUAAUUAUUUAAACAAAAU